AUGUCUAUUAAGUUGUGUGGUGAAGAGGAUUUCAACAAGAGAGUCACUAGCGAGUUUCGUGCAGUAGAUGUUGUAGGUAAGAAGCUUGGAGGUGUUGUAGAAUCAUUCUCUGACGAAUGGUUUGCAGCAGCCUCUAAUUUGAUCGAGCCAACUGUUCCAAUUAGGGAUGCCACCAGAUUUGUACACGCUGGUGCCUGGUACGAUGGCUGGGAGACACGUAGACACAACGAGCAAGAAUACGAUUGGGUUAUUCUACGUAUGGGUGUCGCAGCAGCGCAUUUGGUCGGAGCAGAAGUCGAUACAGCGUUCUUCAAUGGUAAUCAUGCACCUUUCGUCUCUGUGGAUGCGUUGUACGAUGAGCAAGCCUCUGGUAUAGGUGAAGAUGAUCCUCGUUGGGUUAAUAUCAUUGAAAAAUUCGAGUGCAAUCCAUCUCAGAAGCAUUUUGUCAUUAGAAAGGAGGGCCUAACCAAGGAAAAAUUCACACAUGUUAAAUUGAAGAUGUAUCCUGAUGGGGGUAUUGCUCGUUUCCGUCUUUACGGUCAAGUUGUACCUCCAGCCUUGGCGCAGGACGCUUUUCUAGAUUUGGCAAGUGUUUGCAACGGAGCUGUCGCUCAAGCGGUCUCCGAUCAGCAUUUCGGUUCUGCCGAUAACCUUCUGCUGCCAGGUAGAGGUCACGAUAUGUCUGAUGGUUGGGAAACCAAGAGAUCUCGUGAACCGGGUCAUGUUGAUUGGGUCAUCAUUCAAUUGGGUCGCAAGACAAGCUACUUGGACCAUGUUGUUAUCGAUACUGCUCAUUUCCGUGGUAAUUUCCCACAAUUUGUCACAGUUCAUGGCUCUAACGGCUCUGAUGAAUGGAUCGAACUAGUCGGUAAGUCCAGAACCGGUCCAGACCAAGAACACAAAUUCACCGUUGCCAAAGACGUUGAAUUGACCCAUUUGAAGAUCACUAUCAUCCCAGAUGGUGGUGUCAAGCGUAUAAGAGCCAUUGGUCGUUAA